AUGUUUGCCCUACUUCUUCUCACUCUAUUUUCAACUGCUUACGCUAAUGUAUAUUUUGAUUCUAAGUGUCCAGAAGUCAAACCUGUUGAGAACUUCGACAUUUCCAAGUUCGGAAAAGAUGAAUGGCAUGAAAUCGCAAGAUACCCUAGCGAUGCUGAAAAGGGUUCCAAAUGUGUAAAUGGCAUUUACAGUUGGAUGGGAGACCAUGCAAUGGUUAAGAGUUUUCUAGUUAAAGAUGACAAAAAAUAUGAACUUAACGGUAUCAUGAGGUUAGCAGCUGACGCUGGAAACUCUGGAAAGCUGUUCUUUUCUCAAUCUUUUGGAGACACUAAAAUCGAGUCUAAUCUUCAGAUAUUGGAUGUUGACUAUGAUAAUUAUGCUAUUGCUUACAACUGUAAAUAUGAUGAAGAGAAGAAAUCACGCCAAGACUUCGCUUGGAUAAUCUCUAGGAGCAACAAUUUAAGUUCUGAGAUCAAAGCUAAAGUUGAGAAGUUCGUGAAAGAAUCUGAAUUCCUUUACUACGAUAAAUUCAUCUGGCCUGAAGCCUCAUGCGUACUUAACUAA